UUUAGGUUUUUUUUUAUAAAUGUAUUUUUUAAGUUUGGAAUUUUGAAUUUGCUCGUACUUUUUUUCGUCCUUUUAUUUUAUGCCUAUUUUUCUCUUAGUACUCAUAAACAAACCUUCUUUUGUCUCUUCUUCUCGUCCUUUUUGGUUCGGAUAUUUUUGUUGUCGUUGUUAUCCUUGUUUUUGUUGUUAUUUUGUUGUGUUGCUGGUGGCUUUGAAGUUGACGGUUUUAUGGCAUCUUUGGUUGUUGUUUUGGGUUGAGAAGGCGAAGCAUCUGACUCCCGUGAGAUGUACAAGCGUCCCACGCCCAUAG